AUGUUUGAGAAAAUGGAUGAUCAACUUCUGGAUGCAAUGUGUGACAAACUCCAGCCAGUGCUAUACACAGAAGAAAGCUGCAUUGUCCGGGAAGGAGAUCCUGUUGAUGAGAUGCUCUUCAUAAUGCGCGGCAAGCUAUUGACUGUAACCACUAAUGGUGGAAGAACAGGCUUCUUUAACUCUGAAUACCUCAAGGCUGGUGACUUUUGUGGAGAGGAACUUCUCACAUGGGCUUUAGAUCCUCACUCCUCAUCCAACCUUCCCAUAUCAACUAGGACUGUCCAAACUCUUUCAGAAGUGGAAGCAUUUUCUCUAAAAGCCGAUGACUUGAAGUUUGUUGCUUCACAGUUCCGGCGCCUUCAUAGUAAGCAACUUCGUCACACUUUCAGGUUUUAUUCACAACAAUGGCGUACAUGGGCUGCAUGUUUCAUACAAGCAGCGUGGAGGCGUUAUAGUAAAAAGAAGCUGGAAGAGUCUCUGAGGGAAGAAGAGAAUCGUUUGCAAGAUGCAUUAGCCAAAGCAGGUGGUAGCUCACCUAGUCUAGGUGCCACAAUAUAUGCUUCAAGGUUUGCAGCUAAUGCACUCAGACUUUUACGUAGAAAUAGCACAACAAAGACCAGGGUGCCAGAAAGAUAUCACCCAUACUGCUGCAGAAGCCUGCUGAGCCUGAUUUUACUUCUGAAGAACAAUAGUUGUAGACGAAUAAAGGUUGUGGAUGCCUGGUUCUGCAAGACAAGAAAAAAGGAUGAAAGUGAAGGAAAUAUUAACAUGAAAAUGACCUUUUUGAUAGAGGGCCAAAAUGGCAUUUCGUUUAUUUGUUUUAUUUUGUAAGUUAGUGUAACAUGUAAUGUCUAUAAAAUAUAAACUAUGAAAUUGUAUAUAUAUACAUC